CGAAGUAUAUAUACAUAAUAUUGUGCGUGUGAUUUCUAUAACAAGAUUCAAUUCUGUAAACCAAAAGGCUAAAACAAUAUACAGAAAGCUAAGUGUAAGUAAAAACAAGAACAAUGGCUUCACAGCAAGAGCAGAAGAGAAGAGAGAACACAACCCAAGAGAGAAAACUACAUGUUGAGAAGGACAUUGUGCCCAAGCGAGCAGAGCAGUUUGAGGAGCUUGCUCAUAAGGCGACUGACUCUGCGGUCGCUGCAGCUGCUGCUGUUGAAGCUGACAGGAGAAAUGCUGGCAAGGGUGGGAGCACUACGGUGGUCGUUGGUGUUAGCCAUGCCGCUACCGGUGGAGGUGCAGCUGCUCAACAGCACACUGGUAUGGGCACAGGCGGCGGUGGAAGUAGGUUUGAAUCCCUUACUGACAAGGUUGGGGGACUAGAAUUUGGGAGUGGGAUGGAGUACAGAGGAUCAUCUAAUCAAGAGAACAAGGGACACGAGCAGGCACGCAGCCAUGGUGUAGCAGCAAGGGAAACGAGCCACAGACACGGUGAAGCAAAGCAGGCUCGACAAGGAGGAGAGCGAAUGCCUACUUCUGUAGGUAAGUUUGAGUUGGAAGAACAACAUAAGGAUCAACAACAAGAGAAGCAUGAAACGCCUUCUUUGGAGGAGGUUUCCCAAUAUAGGCAGACUGCUCAACAGAACUCUCUCGAGGCUGUUCAAGCCGCUCAAGAAAGGUAUGGAAAAGCGAAGGAAGAAGCAGCAAAUGCAGCUUGGGAAGCCAAAGAAGCCGCAAAACAUGGAUUAGGGGCAGCAGCAGCUAAGACAUCAGAACUGAGCUCCAAGGCUCAGGAAAAAGCCCGUGCAGGAGUUGGGGUAACAACCCAGUUCAUAUCAGAGAACACUCGUCCAGUUGUUCAGACAGCUGCUGAGAAAGCCCAGCAAGCCAAAGAAGCUGUAGCGGCUGCAGGACAGAUGUCUAUGGAGUACACUGGGGAGAAGGCCGUCCAAGCUAAGGAUACUACCGUAAGCACCACAAAAACUGUGGCAGGUUACAUGGGAGAGAAGGCCGUUGCUGCAAAGGAUGUAGCAUUGCAAACUGGUAAAACUGCAGCUGGGUAUGCAGGAAAGGUCGCAGAAGAAGUCAAGGAUCAGGCUGUAGUUGCUGGGUGGGGAGCUGCCCAUUACACUACAGAGGCUGCAGUAGAGGCUACCAAGAUGGCAGGUGGCUUGGCUGGGAAGGCGAAGAAUGUGGUGGCGAGUGCUGCUCAAAAGGCAGCUGAACUGGCUGAGACGCCAGUUGUUAUGGCUAAAGAUAUGGCCGUUGACACUGGAGAAAAAAUUGCAGACUAUACUGCUAGAAAGAAGACAGAGGCAGAAAAAUACAAACAAGAGAAGCACACAUACUACGAAGCGGGCGAGUAUCAGCCUUCAUCUGGGGAAGGAGUUACAGGUACAAUCCAGAAAGGAGUGGAGAAGGUCAAGGACAUGGGUAGGGGAGCAAUGGAGUCUUUACCUGGUGGCAUGUACCAACAAGGGAAGGAGGGAAUGACGAACAAGGGUGAUGACACGGAGAUAAUCAAAGAGAAAGGGGAAGGGGUGCUAGGUGCAAUAGGGGAAACUAUAGUUGAGAUUGCACAGCACACUACCAAUCUUGUUGCUGGGACUGAAGUUGAGGAAAAGAAGGUAGAGCAUCAAGAAAGACAAGGGUACUGAAUAAGAUACUACUAGUAAUGCAGUUGUGUCUUUUGUAGGAAACUCGGUUUUGGUUUUGGUUUUUUGUGUUUAUG